UGGCCUUUUCCUGUUCACGCGUACUGCAAAGAAGACGUGAACGAAAGUUGUAUGAUAAAACAUGGCUGACAUGGAAACAUACGACGAUAUAGUGGUGCCCACUGCGACAACAUUGCCCGUAGCACUUUCUGCUGAAUUGCCAGAGAUCAAAUUAUUCGGUCGUUGGAAUUGCGACGACGUACAGGUGAACGAUAUGUCCCUGCAAGAUUAUAUCGCGGUUAAAGAGAAGAAUGCAAAAUAUUUGCCACAUUCUGCUGGACGUUAUGCUGCGAAACGAUUUCGAAAAGCUCAGUGCCCCAUCGUUGAACGUCUUACAAACUCAUUGAUGAUGCACGGAAGAAACAAUGGAAAAAAGUUGAUGGCAGUGAGGAUCGUAAAACACGCCUUUGAAAUAAUUCACCUGCUGACAGGUGACAACCCCUUACAGGUUCUCGUGACGGCCAUCAUCAAUUCAGGACCGAGAGAAGAUUCGACACGUAUCGGUCGUGCCGGUACAGUUAGAAGGCAAGCUGUGGACGUUUCACCAUUAAGACGAGUAAACCAAGCCAUCUGGUUAUUAUGCACUGGUGCUAGGGAAGCUGCAUUCCGUAAUAUCAAAACGAUUGCCGAAUGUUUAGCCGAUGAACUGAUCAAUGCUGCCAAAGGUUCGUCUAACUCGUACGCGAUUAAAAAGAAGGACGAACUUGAACGUGUCGCUAAAUCUAAUCGAUAA